GGGCCGGGGCUUGUGGGAGUUGCCUCGGCCACCGCUGUGUGGAGCGGGGCCUCAUGUCCGCCUCGCUGUGCAGCUUCGGCGCUGGGCCUGGAGCGUUGAGGCCCUGGGGCCUGAGCCGCCGCCUCCUGCUGCUACUGCUGCUGCUGCUGCCGCCACUGCUGCCGCUGCUGGACGCAGUUUGUGCCAAACCCUGGUGGUCGGAGAAUUUGAGUGUGACCCGCCAUUGGCCCUGGGAGGUGAGCCUCCGGAUGGAAAAUGAGCACGUGUGUGGAGGGUCCCUCAUUGACCUCAGCUGGGUGGUGACUGCUGCCCACUGCAUCCAAGGCACCAAAGAGUACUCAGUGAUUCUUGGUACCUCCAAGCUGAAGCCCACGGACCCCAAGCAGGCUCUCUCGAUCCCUGUGAAGGACAUCAUUAUGCACCCCAAGUACUGGGGCCGGACCUUCAUCAUGGGCGAUAUUGCCCUUCUCCAGCUUCACACUCCUGCCAUCGUCAGCAAGUACGUGCAGCCGGUCUGCCUCCCAGAGCCCAACUACAACCUGAAGGUUGGGACACAGUGUUGGGUGACCGGCUGGGGCCAGGUUAAACAGCGCUUCUCAGUCAACUCCACGCUGACCCCAGAGCUGCAGGAGGCUGAGGUGUUUAUCAUGGACAACAAGAGGUGUGACCAGAUUUAUCGCAAGAUGUCCUUCAUCCCCCGCGUUGUCCCCCUUGUCCUGGGGGACAUGAUCUGUGCCACCAAUUAUGGAGAAAACUUGUGCAAUGGGGAUUCUGGGGGCCCACUGGCUUGCGAAGUGGAGGGCAGAUGGAUUCUGGCUGGGGUGUUAUCCUGGGAGAAAGCCUGCGCCAGAUUACGGAAUCCAGGCGUGUACACCCGCGUCACCAAGUACAGCAAAUGGAUCAAGACACAAAUAAGCCAUGGGGCUCUCUCAGGCCCCCGCACCUCCGCCUGGCUCCCACUCCUCUCCUGGCUGCUACUGCUCCAGAUGGGCCCUUGAUCUCCCCUCUCCCUUCUUCUUCCUGCUUUGCCUCUGCUGAAUGGGGCCAGAUCAAAGUUAGACCAAGGUCAUGGGUCCGUAUUCAACAAGAAUCAAGGUGGGGAAAGAGUGGCCCGUGGGAGACUGUGUCCUGUUUUGGCGUCCCAGUGGGGAGGGAUGUGGUAGAUGACUAGGCCUUGGGUGAUCAGGAGAAGGGAAGUGUGGCCUAGAAGGGCUCUGGAAUUGGGACCAGAAUAGCAAGGAUUAAAUUUGUGCAAACAUGAGCUGGCUCUGUUCUCU